UAUUUGUGGAUAUGGAAGAAUUGGUUAUUGGCGAUGAUGGCCAGCCUACUCAGGAUAGUUUGCGCAGCCAAGCUUCAAAGCUUGCACUCACGCUAGAACAGCGAGCGGAGGAAGCUGGAAUCUUCAGAGAUGAUACACCACCACAUUCUCCACCAUCAGGGGCCCGUUCUGUUCCACCGUCUGCCUCAAUGCCCGAUUCUGCAUCUAUGCCGCAGUCAGCAUCUAUUCCCAGCACCUCACAGCCUCAGGUGCCAUUAUCUUCUGCCAUAUUGGCAAGAUUGGAGCGUGUUGAAAAGGAACAGCUUGCUUUGAAGCAAGGCCAGACUGAUAUUUUGAAAGGGCAGAAUGAGAUAAUGGGUUACUUGAAGACCCUAUUGGCUCUUAUGGGAGAUCAGAGAAGGCCCAGCGCAGAGGCAGAGCCACAGCCAGACGCCGUGUCUCCAGGAGAUGAGUUCAUUCUUCCGAAUGAUUACAGACCUAAUGAUGUGGAAGAUGUACUCCAGACACCUCAGAUUAUGUCGGUCACGUCCAUUGGAGAUACCCAAGAUUCAGAGGUUCAGGUUUUAGAGACCGUUCCAACACCGGUGGAGAAGAGAACGAAGAAAAGGCCAAGGUGGUUUGACGAGUACACCGAAAUGAAGAAGAAGAUGAAGCCAUCAACAACCAAUGUGAAUGUUGACCCACUUCGGCCCGUUGAUGAGAAGCUACUACAUAGUUUUCGAAAUUGGUUAGUGGGAACCAUCGGAAACAAGUAUCCGAGGGACGUCUUCACCGGUCUGUGUGGCGUGGCUUGGUUCUCGACCCUAAAUACAGACAAACUAUGGCUUUCUGAUGACCAUUUGGAUGCUGCUUUCCAUAUGAUGAGGAGGAGGCAACACUUCUUCCCGGAGUUGUACCCACGUAAGUGUACUGUCAUGCCAUCUUGGUUUACCUCAUCGUUGAGGGGUCGGUGGGAUGCUUGGAAGAGCAAUACUGACCAUGAUGGUUUUGUUUGGGAUGAGUCCAUCUUGGAACUCCUUCGUGGGGAUCCAAACCAAUUUUUGCCUUCUUGGAAGGGUAUGGAGUGCAUAUACAUGGCCCUGUUCUUGAACGGACCGAAACAUUGGAUCGCUAUGGAGGUCAAUCUUGAGUUGUGGAAGAUAUUCCUCUUCGAUUCGAGUCUUGGAUCUCUAACGAAAGACGAACUGAAUUCGCUUAUGGAUGUGUGGUGCCCUUUACUAGCCAAAUUGGUGGACCAGUGUGGUGUAUGUGACACUCAUUACAUGGUGAUGGUCCCUCAAAUGACAGCCUCCGAAAGUCAGGUCAGACCCUUCGACUGGGAAAUGAUGGACAAUAAAGUUGUACCUCAGACAAAAUCGAGCGGCGAUUGUGGAAUGUACGUCAUAGAGCAUAUUGAGCAUAAGUUAUUGGAUCUACCAUUCGAUGGAGUACAUGAUCAGCAUAUGUCGCUCUUUCGCCAGAGAUGGGCAGUAGAUUUAUUCUACCAGAACUUGGCAUGAACUUUAGAUGUUUAAUUUUUUAUAUUUGUUGAACAAUGUUUACUUUUACACUUUUCAAUUUGAACAAACUACUUUCACUAAAAUUAUUUUAUUUUAUCAGUAGAACUUGUUUUUGGCUCA